AAAGAGAAAAUAGAACAAUAAAAAGCCAUAAAGUAACAAAAACAAUAGAAAUUUUCGAUUUUAAUUAAAAAUUCAAUAACAUUUUAAGAAAAUAUUUGUUUCUAACACUUUCAGCUAUAUUAUUAAAAUAAAAUACAUAUAUUACAAUAAAAUUACUAAGUAAAGGUCAUACGAUUUGUGUACACUAAAGAAAAAAAAAAAAACAACAAAACGAAAAUAUUUUUGGAACUAGCAGAAGAAAAAAAUUAGUGGUUGUUUUUCUUGUGUCUGGCCAUAGAAAAAAACAAUAUAAAUAAAAACUACGCAAAAACAAGUGGAAAAUAAUAAAAAAUUCAAUAAUCCCCAGUUACUAGCAACACGAACACACAAAUUUAAUUAAACUUUUUAAAUUUUCAAAAUAAAAAUAAACCCAGUGUUUGUUUACUAGUAAAAAGCCAGUGAAACAGACCACCAACCAACCAGCCAGCCACCCAGUGCAGCCACUUGUUCAAGAAUAUGGUGGAACCAAUUUUUGAUUAUCAAUUUCGUUUGAUACUGAUUGGAGACAGUACUGUGGGCAAAAGUUCUUUGCUCAAAUUCUUUACAGAUGGAAAAUUCGCUGAGCUGUCUGAUCCCACUGUGGGUGUUGAUUUUUUCGCCCGUUUAAUUGAAAUGAAAGAUGGCACACAAAUUAAACUUCAGCUCUGGGACACGGCUGGCCAGGAACGUUUUCGUUCGAUAACCAAAUCCUACUAUCGCAAUUCUGUUGGCGUUUUACUCGUCUACGAUAUCUCGAAUCAUGCCAGUUUUGAACAUAUACCUUUAUGGAUGAUGGAGGCCCAGCGUCAUAUUGAACCACAUCGUCCCGUUUUUGCAUUAGUAGGCUGUAAAUUAGAUCUGGUCAAUGCUGGCGGGCAGCGCGAAGUAACAUUCGAAGAAGCUCAAUCAUUUGCCAAACAACAUGGUUUGCAUUUCGUUGAAACCUCUGCACGUACAGGUUUGAAUGUGGAGGAAGCAUUUCGUACGGUUACACAAGAAGUUUAUGCCCGCAUACGUUCUGGUGAAUACAAGGUGGAAGAUGGCUGGGAUGGCAUUAAGACCGGUUUUCCACGACCCAAUAGUCUGGACUUUAAUUUGGUUGUGGCUGAGCCGGAGAAAUCUUCAUGUUGUUGAUUCGUUAAUUGUUUGGACUUUUAUAAUUUUUAACUACAUUACUUACUAACAAUUUAUAUACACUAUUAUUAUAAGAUUUAGUUUUUUUGUUCGUAACAAAAUUUUUGGUUUAAUUUGUUUUGAUACGUUUACAAAUACGUAAAACAUCGUAAAAAGGCUUAAGUGUUUAUUUUAUUAAUUUUACUUUUUGUAAUUUGUAUUUACAAAAUUAAUAUUUUUAUUUGAAAUUAGUUCCCCUAAUUUUGUAUUAGUUGUUGUUUUAUUUUAUAUUGUAGUCAAAAAGAAUCAUAAUUGAGUAUAAAUUUUAAAUAUAGUUUUCACCGUUUUUAUUCAGUUACUGAUACAAAUAAAAA